GCUUUGAGCAUUUCCUCGUAGCUGUUGUCAAUCCAAAUAAGACAGCGGUUGAAAAAUGGGCUGGACAGAAUGGCUUAGCUGGAAACUUUGAAUCCAUAUGUGAAAGUCCAAAAACAAAGGAAUACAUAUUUGGGGAGCUGACUAGGGUUGCAAAAGAAAAGAAGUUGAAAGGAUUUGAGUUUAUAAAAGCUGUUCACCUUGAUCCAGUGCCAUUUGACAUGAAACGUGACCUUCUUACACCUAUAUUAAAGAAGAAAAGGCCACAGAUGCUGAAAUACUAUCAGAAUAUCAUUGACAACAUGUACAAGAGUGCAAAAUGAGGCCAUGGCAAUUAAUUAUCUCCAUUUAUUUAUUUAUUUAUUUAUUUAUUUAUUUAUUUAUUUAUUUAUUUAUUUAUUUAUUUAUUUAUUUAUUUAUUUAUUUAUUUAUUUAUUUAUUUAUUUAUUUAUUUAUUUAUUUAUUUAUUUAUUUAUUUAUUUAUUUAUUUAUUUAUUUAUUUAUUUAUUUAUUUAUUUAUUUAUUUAUUUAUUUAUUUAUUUAUUUAUUUAUUUAUUUAUUUAUUUAUUUAUUUAUUUAUUUAUUUAUUUAUUUAUUUAUUUAUUUAUUUAUUUAUUUAUUUAUUUAUUUAUUUAUUUAUUUAUUUAUUUAUUUAUUUAUGCCAUAGUUGAACUAUACAAUGUCAUUAUUAGCCAAUCCGACUUUCUUAUCAUGAUGGAGAAAAUAGUUUAGAGAAUAGAGAGUUUUCCAUUGCUCAAUCU